UAGAUGAGCCAAGUUUUGAUUCCGACCCCUUGAAUAUGGACACGUGUUUGUCCUAUUCCUUCUUUAUAAAGUAUUAACAGCAGCUGCUGCCGUGCUGUCAGGAAACUACAAGCCUGUUCAUGACAGUUCAUGAGAGACUUGGUUUAUGUUGAGGUAGUUCAGCAGACAGCAUGAGUCAAAGUCCUGCUGGCCCCGUCAGUGAUGGCAUCACUCCGCUCCAGCAGAUGGUGUCGUCCUGCUCCGGAGCGCUGCUCACCUCCCUGUUCGUCACACCUUUGGAUGUAGUGAAGAUUAGACUACAAGCACAGAAAAUCCCCUUCCCCAAAGGUAAAAAUAUAAAUUUUAGUUCACAGUUUGAAGUUGAGCAGUGGUUUCAAAAUAGUAAUUGCCUACAUGUUUGUCUUUCCCAACACCUUAAAGGUAAAUGUUUUGUCUACUGCAAUGGACUUAUGGACCACAUAUGUGUGUGUGAAAAUGGCAACUCCAAAGCCUGGUACAAAGCCCAAGGUCACUUCAACGGCACCCUGGAUGCCUUCAUUAAGAUAGUGCGCCAGGAGGGAGUUAAAGUGUUAUGGAGUGGUUUGCCUCCAACACUUGUGAUGGCGGUCCCAGCCACAGUGAUCUAUUUCACAUGUUAUGAUCAGCUGUGUGCAGCACUCAGGGUGAGGAUGGGAGACUCUGCUCAGGAGGCUCCUCUUCUUGCAGGAGCCAUUGCUAGAGUGGGCUCAGCGACAGUGAUCAGCCCUCUGGAGCUGAUUCGCACUAAACUGCAGUCUCAGAAACUGUCGUACAGGGAGCUGACUAACUGCAUCCGUUCAGCAGUGGCGACGGAGGGCUGGCUGUCUCUCUGGAGAGGUUUGGGGCCCACGCUGCUCCGAGACGUGCCCUUCUCAGCCAUGUACUGGUACAACUAUGAGAAUGGCAAACGCUGGCUGUGUGAAUGGUAUAAUAUAAGAGAGUCCACAUUUACCAUCACCUUCAUAUCUGGAGCAGUGUCGGGAUCUAUUGCAUCCAUUAUUACUUUACCAUUUGAUGUUGUCAAAACAAGAAGGCAGGUGGAGCUUGGGGAACUACAAGCAAAAAAUUUGUCAAGCCAGGUCUCCUACUCUACCUUCAGUGUGAUGAACAGGAUUGUGGCUCAAGACGGCUUCCGCGCAUUGUUUGCAGGUUUCCUUCCCAGGCUAAUCAAAGUGGCUCCUGCUUGUGCCAUCAUGAUCAGCACGUACGAGUUUGGGAAGGCUUUUUUCCGCAAACGCAACCAGGAGAGGACACUUGGCUGCUGAACACCAGAAACACGAGACACCACUCCUGUACUAUACCUGUACAGAAAAGUUUUUAUUGCCAAACUCAAAAAAGUAAACCAAUAUGAGAGUAAGAAACUAAUUAUUUGACAUUAUUUUGAAAGAUCAAAUUUUAUAUUAAAUCAUUGUUUUAUAUUAUAUAUAAUUUAAUUUUAAAUUGCUUCAUGGUCACUGAAAAGAUUCUGUACGCACAACUGAAAAUUAUGUUAGAUGUGUUUAACAGUCAGUCAAUGGCAUCAAGUUUUGUUAAUAAAUAAUUUAUGGGACUUUUUCGUGGGAAUAAUGUGCACUAUGCCUAAAGUCCUUGAAUUAAAGAUGCAAUAUUUAUAUUACUCAUGUGUCUAAUAUUCAGUGCAUCUCACCAACACAAAGGGGAUCUCCGUAUUUGAACAGUUGUGUUCAAUCACUGUGAAACGUGUUAAUGUUUGCACAAAAGCUUCGAUAGUUACACUAGGUGGAAAUCAAUGGUUUGAGUUCAGUUUGACAGAAGAGGACUGACAUGCCAACUUUAAACAUACUCCUUUUAAAGUUCAACAUAUGCAACUUUUUUCCCUUUCCACUGACUUUAAAAAGCUUUUCUACUACGCCUGUUAUGUUUGACACGACACACAAAUGUCCAGAAUUGUUCAUGUUGUUCCAAGUGGAGUUUAUUUAAAAUAAAAAUAAAUAAAAUACAAUCAAAUAAA